AUGGAAAAAUUUUAUUUAUAUAACUUAUUAAAUGAACCAAGAUUCUUUAGUGAAUUACUUGGCAGUGCAACAAAAGGUAUCUCAAUACUUUCAAGUGAUUAUUUAUCUCAAUCAGAAAAUGAACAAGAACAAGAACAAAAAUCUAUUCAAGCAUUUCCAGUUGGUUUAUUCCCAAAUCCAAAAUCACUUCAACUUGAAAUGAAUUCAUUAAGUUCUAAUUUAACAAAUAAUAAUAAUGAAGCUAAUUUAGAAAAUGCAAAUUCAGAAGUUAAAUCAAUCUUAUCUGGACCUGAACAAAAUCAAAUGAAUUCUAAAUCUAAUCAAAUUAAUAAAGAUUCAGUCAAUAAUAAUCAAAUGUCAAAUAUAUCAUCAGGUGCAGUAUCAAGAGGAAGUACAAGUGAAAUUAAAACUAUAACUGAAGAUAUACAACUUAAAGGUAUAGAUAAACCAACAUCCCCUACAGCAAAAGCACCUGGACAAGUAGUGCAACAAGGUGAAACUAUAAAAACAGGUAUAUCAGGUCCAGUUACUAUUAAUCAAAAUGAUAAUAAAGUACAAGGAACAACAACUCCACCAAAUCUAGUUAUUGAAAAUAAUAUUAAUGAUAAGAAUUCUAUUAUUUCCUCAUUUUCUGGAAAUUAUAAAAUUAUCAUUAUUACUGGUUUAAUUUUAUUAAUAAUAUUAAUAAUAAUCAUUAAAAUUCAUCUUAAUAAUAAAAAAUAA